AUGAAAGCUCGUUUUCCACUGUUGCUGUUGCUGGGAAUUGUUUUCCUAGCAUCAGUUUCUGUCUCAUUUGGCUUUGCCUACUGGGAAAAUGAGAGUCCCAGUUACCAUAAGUGCCUUCAGAGUUGCAAGAGAGAGCAAGAUGCACACAGGCAACAAGCAUGCCUUGCUCGUUGCAAGAUCUUUAAGGAUCAUCAAAAGGAAGAAGAGCAUGAUCAACCAUGGCCUCACCCACGUCCACAACCACAACAUCCCCAGGAAAAGGAGCACGAGGAAGAGCACCAACAUCAUCAAAAGGAAGAAGAGCAUGAUCAACCAUGGCCUCACCCACGUCCACAACCACAACAUCCCCAGGAAAAAGAGCACGAGGAAGAGCACCAACAUCAUCAAAAGGAAGAAGCGCACAAACAAGAAGAGCAUGAUCAACCAUGGCCUCGCCCACGACCACGACAUCCUCCUCAGGAAAAGGAGCACGAGGAAGAGCACCAACAUCAUCAAAAGGAACAAGAGCAUGAAAAAGAACCACGACCACACCAUCCUCAGGAAAAGGAAGAGCACCAACAUCAUCAAAAGGAAGAAGAGCAUGAACAAGAAGAGCAUGAUCAACCAUGGCCUCGCCCACGUCCAUCACCACACCAUCCUCAGGAAAAGGAGCACGAGGAAGAGCACCAACAUCAUCACAAGGAGGAGCACGAGGAAGAGCACCAACAUCAUCACAAGGAGGAAGAGAGUGAAGAAGGGCAAAGUUCAGAAUCAAAGUCACAGAAACAAAAGAAUCCUUUUCACUUUAGGUCCAACAGGUUCCGCACACUCGUCAACAACGAACACGGUUAUAUUCGUGUCCUCCAGAGGUUCGACCAACGCUCCAACAAACUCCACAACCUCCGAAACUACAGGAUCAUUGAGUAUAAGUCCAAACCCAGCACCCUUGUUCUCCCACACCACUCUGAUGCUGAUUUCCUCCUAGUUGUCGCUGAAGGGAGUGCCAUACUUACCUUUUUGGGCCCUCAGGAGAGUAAAACUUACAUCCUUGAGCGUGGCGAUGCACUGAGAAUCCCUGCGGGGACCACAUUCUAUAUGCUUAACCGAGACAAUAAUCAGAACCUCAGAGUAAUAAAACUCGCCAUACCCGUUAACAAACCCGGCAAAUUCACGAACUUCUAUCCAUCUAACAGUGAAGACGACGAAUCCUUCUUCCGCGGGUUCAGCGAGAAUAUUCUUGAGGCCUCCUUCGAUACACCAUUCGAGAAGAUAAAGAAGAUUCUAUUGGAAGAUGAGAAACAAGAAGAGGGAGCGAUAGUCGAAGUGUCAAAGGAACAGGUCCGGGAGCUAAGCAAGCAUGCCAAAUCCAGCUCAAGAAAAACCAUUUCCUCUGAAGAUGAACCAUUCAACUUGAGAACCCGAGGCCCAAUCUAUUCCAACAAGUUUGGCAAGUUCUUUGAGAUCCCCCCACACAAAAAUCCACAGCUUCAGGAAUUGGAUAUCUUCCUCAGCUGUGUAGAGAUUGAGGAGGGAGGUCUUCUUCUGCCACACUACAAUUCAAAGGCCAUAGUGGUACUAGUGGUUAACAAGGGAAAAGCAAAACUUGAACUUGUGGGUCUAGAAGAGCAACAGCAAAAGCAAGAGCAAGAGCAGGAAGAGGAGGAGGAACAAGAAGGAACUAGAAAAGUGCAGAGUUACAGAGCCAAGUUGUCUGAAGGCGAUAUAUUCGUAAUUCCAGCAUCUCACCCAGUUGCCAUCAACGCUUCAACAGAUUUUCAUAUAGUUGCUUUUGGUAUCAAUGCUGAGAACAACCAAAGGAACUUCCUCGCAGGUGAGAAAGACAAUGUGAUAAGGCAGAUACAUAAGCAAGUGAUGGUGCUUGCGUUCCCUGGGUCUGGUCAACAACUUGAGAAACUAUUAAAGAAGCAGAGCGAAUCCUACUUUGUGGAUGCUCAACCUCAGCAAAGUGAGGAGGGGAAAAAGAGCAGAAAGGAUCGCCUAUCUUCAAUUUUGAACGCUUUUUACUGA